AUGUCAACGCCUCAAAUUUACUUCGAUCUUGAUAAAUUAUCAUCGACCGCUCUUAGUUUCACAGAUCAACAGUUUUAUGAUUUAGUUAAAGACUUACUCGGUAAUUCGCAAGCAAAACUAUUGGCUUACCAACAUAUUAAUAGUGUACCGUGUUUCUUAAUGUCUGAUGACGUAUGUGAUAUUUUAAAUUACGAUAUUAAUGAUCCGCAAUUAGAUGAAAUUAGAGAAGAAAUAUGUUUCAAAUUAAAAUCUCGUCAAUACAUGGUCAAAGGAGGAAUUAGAACGAGCAUUAGCUGUCUGAAAGAAUAUCUGCGUAAAAAAACUGAAGAAAAGUUGAAUGAACCAAAAAAAACGAAAUAA